GGUGACUAUUAUAUUUCAUAUUUUCUGCAAAUAUUACAUUAUUCUUUUUUCACUUGUAGAUCAGCCUAGCAGGAUCUAUAGCCAAGUGAUAACUCGUGCAGCAAAAGUAUGGGCGACCUUUCUGGAUAACAUUCUGAAGAUUGGACAGAUGCAAUUACUACGAAAAUUGAUUGCUCACGAAUUAAACACGUCUGGAAAAUUUGAUUCAAAGAAUUUAAUCAGUGCUUUGCAAACAAUGAAUGAUUCGCUGUUAGCUGACAUCGAAGCUCAUUAUAAGGAUCCUUCCAAACCUUAUCCGAAUGAUAAUAAUCCGCUCAUGUACGAGUUGUCGAAUUAUUUAGAAUGGACGGGAAUAUCCAAUCCCUUGGCAAAAAUUUACAUUACUACAGGACCUCUGCCACACAUUCCUUUAUUCCUCUUUUUAUUUACUAUUUUUCAUUUGUCUAAAUUGAAUUAUGUCAAAAAUAUAGAUGGUCUGAUCAGUAAGAAGACCAUCGAACCCAUCGAUGGUAUUCCGUUUGUUAUCGGAACAUUAACGUUACUCCGUCAGUUCCAUCAAGAAAAAACGGGACAGUUUUUGGCAUAUUUGGGACAGUACAUUCGUUCGAAUGUAGAGUCUGUUAUUGGAGAGGGAAGUAAAGGAGGUGAUUUUCCACAAGAAGUCCUUAACAUCCUGGUGUAUCUGGAUGAAUUUCAACAGCAAGGAAAAUUGCCAAGAAAGGCUGUGACAAAAUAUAUUCCCGAUUAUUUGUUUGACAAGUUCCACGUACAGUAAACUAACUGCAAAACAAAUUGGUGAUGUAAAUUUUGUAUAUUUUAUAGAAAGUUAUUAAAAAACAAAUUCUUGAAGAUAA